AUGGAGGUGAGCACUUUGUCCCCUCUUUUCAUCUCACCGACUGACACACCUGCUCAGUGUGAGAUCAAUGUCUCCAACAUGGCCAUAGACUUUAUGAUGCUGCUCGUUGGCCUCUGUGGGCUGGCUGGGAAUGGAGUUGUUCUCUGGCUCGUGCAUGUUAAUGCCAUCACCCACUUCAUCUCCAAACAGGCCAACGUUGACUUCCUCUUCCUCAUCUUCAUGUUGCCCUCCACACUGCUUUUCCUUGUGGAGGAGGUUUCCUGCUCUGCUAUAAUGCCCCUGAUGUAUUUGAGCUUGCUUUUCCAGCUGUCGCUGUUCACCUACAUUAUAGGGUUGUACCGGCUGACAUUCAUCAGCAUUCAGAGAUGCAGAUCCAUCCUCUGCCUGGUAUUCUGUGGUUGCCAACUGUCCGAACACUUGUUGUGGGUGUUGAUGACUCCCCUGUUCUGGGUCCUCCUCUUCAUUUCCUUUGCUGUCAAUCCCACGGUGACUUCCCUGUGCCAGUCACACGAGCAGGAGCAAUGCCAGGUGGCUGUCACCUCCAUGUACGCCCUCAACCUUUUUCUAUUUGCUGUACCCAUGGUCAUUUCCAGCACAAUCCUCUUCAUUCAUCUCAAGCCUAGCUCCCAGCAGCAGCCCCACAAGAGGCUUGACAUUGUUGUCUUCCUCGUUGCACUCGUCAGUCUGCCCCUCAGUCUCUGGUUUCUUCUGCAGCAGCUCGGUUACACAGUUGUGUCCUCCCAGGCACUUUUCCUACUUGGCUGCAUCAACAGCAGGAUCAAACCCUUCAUCUGCUUCCUGGUGGGGAACUGGAAGAGAGACUACUCCAUGGGGAGCUGCUGGAGACACUACUCCAUGGGGAGCUGCAGGAGGUACUUCUCCAUGCAGUCCCUAAGGGAGGCGAUCCACAGUGUCUUUGAGGAGCCAGAAGAAAACACUGCCUGUGGAGGUGAUCCUGUUGUGAACACGGUUAUCUGAGCCUAUUGAUCCCUUCCACUGCACUGCUAAGUGACCCUGAAACUGUGGCCUAGAGAUUCCUUGAGUCUCCUGAUCAAUAAAUACACACAGGAUCACCCUCCCUGUGCUGCUGCAUCCCCAGCCCCUUUCCAGGCUGCUCUGGGCUCUGAUCCGUGCUUGGGAGGCCUCAGCCUUGAGGAGCAGCCCCUGGGCUCAGCUCCUGUGGCGCUGAUCAGAAACACCCUCUGCUCCCAGCAACUGCUGCUGUCCAACCACCUCCUGGGCUUUCAUCAACAGCCUUGGAAAUUCUUGUACUGCCCUGGAUGCCGC